UGUCAGGGGGGAGGAGGGAGACUUCAGACUCAGUGUGUGUUGGUGUGUAGAUGUGAGUCUACGGCGAAGAAUUCAGCUUCUGGAGGACUUUUUUCUCUGCGACUAAAAACUUCGUUUUUCGUGACUGAAGCCUGAAACGCGGACAUAACGAAGAGGAUAAAUGCGAAAAUGCGACAAGAAAUCCAGGAAGAGAGAGUCUGCUUAUUAAAAAUUCAGCGCGGGAGAACAGACAUUAUCGCCCUUUCAGACUUGUGGCAGCACUGAGGAUAAACUACAAUACUAACGGGCUUCAAACAUCAUUGAAUGGGGUGAAACGAAGCGGGAUUUUCUCGAAAAAAAGCGAGUCCAAAGCAUUUCCAAGCGGCCAAAAGCAGAGGGAAGGGGAGGAAAGGGGGGCAAAGAAAACGCCCUGCUGCCUGUUGCUGGUAUCUCCAAAUUCAAACUUUAUCGCCGAGUUGGAAAAAUGCAUCUUUCAUUAGACGGGAGGUGAUAAUUCAAGUGUGACGUUAUCUUUAUUAGCUCGGAGCCCAAUAGCUGGCUAACUGAAGGCCCGCUCCACUUGGCAAGUUUUGGGAAGCGGUGAGUCUUUGCUUUGGGAAUAUUUUCUCUUCAUUGUGCACACUAUUCCUGUUGGAAGCGAGUUGGGUGGGCUGCGAGCCCAAGGCUGCUCCGCUAGGCCCACGGCCAUUAGCCAGGAACAAAGAGGUUUCACAUGUAAACUCAGACAGUUUGGAAAACCUAUCCAUAUUUUACUCAGCUUAUAACGACCGACGGCCGCUGCAGUCAUGUCGCUAGGCGCCGAGAGGAGGAUGGAAACCCGGCUGAAGAAGCUGGAGGACACGAUCAGAGACCCCAGAUCUUCCGUAAACUUGGAAAGUUUGCUGGACUCCAUGAAUGCCUUGGUCUUAGACCUGGACUACCCUGCACUGCGCAAGAACAAAAACAUUGAAACAUUCUUAAACAGAUAUGAGAAAGUCAUAGGACAAAUUCGAGACCUUCAGAUGAAGUCUGAAGACUUUGACAGAGUUAAAGUCAUUGGUCGAGGGGCAUUUGGCGAAGUCCAGCUGGUCAGGCAUAAAGCUUCCCAGAAGGUUUACGCCAUGAAGCUGCUGAGCAAGUUUGAGAUGAUCAAGCGCUCAGACUCUGCCUUUUUCUGGGAAGAGAGAGAUAUCAUGGCCUUCUCUAACAGUCCCUGGGUUGUACAGUUGUGCUGUGCCUUCCAAGAUGAGCACUACCUCUACAUGGUGAUGGAGUACAUGCCAGGAGGUGACUUAGUCAAUCUCACCAGCACCUACGAUGUGCCAGAGAAAUGGGCCAAAUUCUACACAGCAGAGGUCGUGAUGGCCCUGGACGCCAUUCACUCCAUGGGCUUCAUCCACCGUGACGUCAAGCCGGACAACAUGCUGCUGGACAGACAUGGACACCUGAAGCUGGCCGACUUUGGCACAUGCAUGAAGAUGGACUCCACCGGCAUGGUGCACUGUGAUACAGCAGUCGGGACUCCAGACUACAUCUCUCCUGAGGUGUUGAAGUCCCAGGGAGGAGAUGGUUAUUAUGGGAGAGAAUGUGACUGGUGGUCUGUAGGGGUCUUCAUCUUCGAGAUGCUUGUUGGUGACACGCCAUUCUAUGCUGACUCUCUGGUGGGAACGUACAGUAAGAUAAUGGACCAUAAGAACUCUCUUAACUUUCCUGAUGAUGUGGAGAUUUCCAAAGAUGCCAAGAAUAUCAUCUGUGCCUUCCUGACUGACAGGGAGGUACGAUUGGGUAGGAACGGUGUGGAGGAAAUCAAGCGACACCCUUUCUUCAAGAACGACCAGUGGACCUUUGACACCAUCAGAGACUCGGUUGCCCCUGUGGUCCCAGAGCUGAGCAGUGACAUAGACACCAGUAACUUUGAUGAGAUUGAAGAUGACAAAGGCGAUGUAGAAACUUUUCCCACACCUAAGGCAUUUGUUGGAAAUCAGUUACCCUUUGUUGGCUUCACUUACUUCAAAGAGGACCAGUUACUCAAUGCCUCCAACAAUUCUUCAGUGACCCAUGAGAAUUCAAAAGGAGAGUCAGCAGCAUUACAGAAGAAACUUCGCCUCCUAGAGGUGCAGCUAAAUAAUGAGAAGCAGGUCAAAGAUGAUCUAGAUCAGAAACACAGAGCUGCCACUGCUCGUCUGGACAAAAUCUCUAAAGAACUUGAAGAAGAGGUGAGUGGAAGGAAGAACCUGGAGUCGAGUCUGAGGCAGCUGGAGAGAGAGAAGGCCCUGCUGCAGCACAAGAGCCUGGAGAGCCACCGCAAGGCCGAGAGCGAGGCUGACAGGAAACGCUGCCUGGAGAAUGAAGUCAACAGCCUACGAGACCAGCUGGAUGACAUGAAAAGAAGAAACCAGAAUUCACACAUUUCGAAUGAGAAGAACAUUCACCUACAGAAACAGCUGGAAGAAGCCAACACGCUGCUGCGGGCUGAGUCAGAGGCAGCGACAAGGCUCCGGAAAACCCAGACAGAGAGCAGCAAGCAGUUGCAGCAGCUGGAGGCCAACGUACGCGAGCUGCAGGACAAAUGCUGUCUGCUGGAGCGCAGCAAGCUGAGUCUGGAGAAGGAAUGCAUCAGCCUGCAGGCAGCCCUGGAGACGGAGAGGAGGGAGCACAGCCAGGGCUCUGAGACCAUCAGUGAUCUUAUGGGACGCAUCUCUGGUCUAGAGGAGGAGGCGCGUCAGCAGAGACAGGCUCUGUCCAAAGCUGAAACUGAGAAGAGACAACUUCAGGAGAAACUCACUGAUCUAGAGAAGGAGAAGAGCAACAAAGAGAUUGAUUUGACCUACAAGCUGAAGGUGCUGCAGCAGGAGCUGGAGCAGGAGGAGACCUCUCAUAAGGCCACCAGGGCGCUGCUGGCAGACAAGAGCAAGAUCAAAGUAACCAUCGAGGGUGCCAAGUCAGAGUCAAUGAAGGAAUUGGAGCAGAAACUGGCAGAGGAGCGAGCAGCCAAACUGCGUCUGGAGAACAGAAUACUGGAGCUGGAGAAACACAGCAGCAUGAUGGACUGUGACUAUAAACAGGCCUUACAGAAAUUAGAUGAGCUGCGCAGACACAAGGACCGCCUCACUGAGGAGGUGAAGAACCUGACGCUGAAGAUUGAGCAGGAGACUCAGAAGCGUAACCUGACUCAGAAUGACCUGAAGGCUCAGAACCAGCAGCUCAACGCUCUGAGAACCUCAGAGAAACAGCUCAAACAGGAAACAAAUCACCUGCUGGACAUUAAACGCAGCUUGGAGAAACAGAACCAAGAGCUGCGCAAAGAAAGACAGGACACAGAUGGGCAAAUGAAGGAAUUACAGGACCAGUUAGAAGCUGAACAGUAUUUCUCUACGUUGUAUAAGACCCAGGUUCGUGAGCUGAAGGAGGAGUGUGAGGAGAGAAACAAGCUCUAUAAAGAUGUGCAGCAGUCUCUGCAGGAGCUUCAGGAGGAGAGGGACUCAUUGGCGGCUCAGCUUGAGAUCACUCUGACUAAAGCUGACUCAGAGCAGUUGGCGCGCUCCAUUGCUGAGGAGCAGUACUCAGACCUGGAGAAGGAGAAAAUAAUGAAGGAGCUAGAACUGAAGGAGAUGAUGGCCCGCCAUCGUCAAGAGCUCGCUGAGAAGGACAUCACCAUCAGCUCGCUGGAGGAGGCCAAUCGCACCCUGACCAGUGAUGUGGCCAACCUCGCCAAUGAGAAAGAGGAGCUAAACAACAAACUGAAGGAGGCAAUAGAAGAGUCAGAGAAGUCAAAGGAUUGGGAGCAGCAGAUCAGCCAGAUGAAGCAGGCAUUUGAAAAGCAGCUGCAAUCCGAGAGGACACUGAAAACUCAGGCCGUUAAUAAGCUGGCAGAGAUCAUAUACAGGAGGGAAUUCCGUAGUCGAGACAGUCGCCGUGGUAAUGACACAGAUAUGCGGCGAAAGGAGAAAGAGAACAGGAAGCUGCAGUUGGAGCUGAGGUCGGAGAAGGAAAAACUCAACAGCACCAUCAUCAAAUACCAGAAAGAGAUCAAUGAAAUGCAAGCGCAAUUGGCUGAUGAGAGCCAGAUGCGUAUUGAGCUGCAGAUGGCUCUGGACAGCAAGGACAGUGAUAUCGAGCAGCUGAGGAAUCUCCUGCAAUCGCUCAGUGUUCAAUCAAUGGAUUCUGCCAGUGUCAGCAGUGGGCCAGAGUUUGAUGCUGAUGAUGCGUACACAGAAACAAGGCUUGAGGGGUGGCUCUCUCUUCCUGUAAGAAACAACACCAAGAAGUUUGGAUGGGAGAAGAAGUAUGUUGUAGUGAGCAGCAAGAAGAUUCUCUUCUACAACAGUGAGCAAGACAGAGAGCAGUCCAUUCCUUAUAUGGUGCUUGAUAUAGACAAACUCUUCCAUGUGAGGCCUGUCACUCACACAGAUGUAUACCGUGCUGACGCCAAAGAGAUUCCCAGGAUAUUCCAGAUUCUUUAUGCCAAUGAAGGUGAGAGCAAAAAGGAGCCAGAGUUUCCUGUGGACCCACUGCCUAUUGGAGAGAAGUCCAGCUACAUCUGCCACAAGGGCCAUGAGUUCAUCCCCACUCUCUACCACUUCCCCACCAACUGUGAGGCGUGCACCAAACCGCUAUGGAACAUGUUCAAGCCACCACCUGCUCUGGAGUGCCGGCGCUGCCACAUCAAGUGCCACAAAGAUCACAUGGACAAGAAGGAGGAGAUCAUUGCUCCCUGCAAAGUAAACUACGAUGUGUCUACGGCCAAGAACCUGCUGCUGCUGGCAGUGUCCCAGGAGGAGCAGCAGAAGUGGGUGAGCCGGCUGGUUAAGAAGAUUCCCAAGAAGCCUCCACCACCAGAGCACUUUGCGCGCUCUUCGCCACGCGCCUCCAUGAAGGUUCAGCCCAGCCAGUCCAUGAGGAGGCCCAGUCGACAGCUUCCCACCAGCAAGAGCAGUUAACCUUGCUUGGGAGUGUGGUGCAUCUUCAAGGUGGUGGGAUGUGUUUCCUCCUAAAUCAAAGACUCUAUACAAAGCUCCAUUUGCAGAUCAGCACACUGAACUCCACAUCACUUCUCCACAACCCACCCUGUCCCGCUUCAGCCUGUGAGAGUUAUAAAGUCUGUUUUCUCUUUUGUUGAACUUUAGCAGUUCAAUCUUUCCAGCAUACUGGAUGGCUUGUAAGCAUAUUAGUUGAAGUCUUCUCUUGAGCCCUUGACUAGCACAAUUCAGUGUCUGGGGGAGCGGGAGUAGCUCGUUCAGCUCCCACGGAACGCAGGAGAGCUCUUAUAAGCCUGAUCAAGGCUGACAAGAAGGGGAUACACAUACCUCAACGCUUCUCACCAGAACUCGCUGUCUGACUGAAGGACCCAACAGGAAAACUCCCGACUCCACCUUUCUUGUUGCCAAAUAGAAAAAGGACAUUAUUGUGUUUAAUGAUUGUGAACAAUAUUAAGGGUUUAAUGGGGAACACUACACAUAGAAGAUGGUAAAUUUUGUAAUUUGCUGGCAGAAUGCAGUUCAGUUGAACUACAGUUGAACUUGAUCCCAGAUACAGUAUCUGUACUUUGACUUAUUCAAACACAUGGAUUGUAGCUCCCUGCUUCUCACCAUUCUGCUUUCAAACAUGUGUCCACACGGGUCACAGAAACUUGAAUAAGGUACUUAAGCAAACGAGCUGUGACUUCUGGGAAAGUCAGUAAGGUGGGGGAGUGUCAGAUUCCUCCCAGAUUUGAGCAAAUAAUUCCUUGAGUGCCUCUUAUUCAGAUUUCUAACUCAGACGUGUGCUGAAUCACUGGUUUGUUUUUGUAUGACUACAGUAAUGGCAUUAGAUGAAGGGCCAGACAUGAAAUCCUCACAAUCCCAUAAUCUUUCAAACCUGCACUGUCAGUUCUGAGGGUUAAUGUUUACUGAAUCGAAGGGGUGCACCGUUAAUGCUUUUCUGAUCCGAGCUCGGCUCCUUUGUUUGAAUGUAGAUCUGGGCUUUACCAGAGAUGACACACAGGCAUUGUAUUACUUCUAUCCAAAUAUACUUGACUGAAGCCCCCUUUAAUCACCAACUACUCUGAGUGAACCUGCAUGUGUUUGCCUUUUCUGGCUUCACACUUGAGUGCUGUCACCCACAGGUCUCCAGCUAUUAGCAAAUGUAGUAUUUAGUCAUUCCUGACAAUGAAUAAUCAGUGAGGGGAAUUUACCAGUGAGAAGCAGAAACAUUGAAGGCAUACAGUCAUAUCCCAUGAGUCAAAAUACUGAGCAGCACUAUUCCAUUGAAAGUUUUUUUUAAAGUGUUUGUCCUGAUAUUUUUGUAUUAAAAGUAACCAAACUCUGAGUUUGGGCACAUUGUUGUGUAUGUGGCUUAUAUAGCAGGUGGAGAGUAAACUAUGUGAGUGUGAGUGAGUGUGUGUGUGUGUGUGUGUGUGUACUGAGUGUUUUCCUUUAACCAAGAAGCAUGUUUUAUACAUAUAAAUAUACACAGUAUAUAUUUUACAUGCCAUACAGUGCACAUUAUAUUAUUUAUACAGCCUUGUCCACUUUGUAUUUAAGGGCUCUACAUCCAGAUUGCAUGUUUGCUACCAAACAGCUCUAUAAUAAUAACCACUUUAACAAUAAAGACAUGGAUGUGC